AUGCGACCUCCCGGAGGCCCACAGGAAGAACCGCAGGUACUGGCUCCAAUGAAGGGACUCGAUCUAGUGGCACCAGCCAUGAAUGAGGCUCCUGAACCAUCCUCUCAGUCUUACGCAUGUCUGGAUGUCAUUUCCUUUGAUAACUUCGUGACCCCGCGCCUCAAGCACUUUGGCGGCAUCGAUGGCGAAGUACGCAAUGAGCCAGAGGGUGCUGGAGAGGGCCUGACGAUUUUCACCGACUUACCUAUGCCAAUACGGGAAGAGCCUAUUGCGAUUGGGACACCUUCAAAACCCCGUUCUAAGACCCUGAAAAUAAUUGACAUUUGGGGCAAAUCCCCUGAACCCCGGAACUCGAAACCUACUACAGAAGAUAGCAAAAAAGGAAACACAAACAAAUCUGAUUUCAGGGAUCUGCGACUGGCUACGAGCUACACGAAAAGAGAAAUGGACCGUGUGCACGGAGUGUCUUCCUUUGAAAGUGGCAGCAGGCCUAAUCUUACACGUUCUAUGCUUUACAACUGGCAUUUACUCAGGAUGGACAAUAUACGAAUACUGGAUCCGCUCUGGGAAGGCUUUCGAGGCUCCGCUCAUGACUACGAACUUCUCAAACUUCUGGCCCAGACUCAUGAACAUCAACGAUGGUGGCUGAUUGUUGUUGACGACUUCGCCUGCCCCCAGUGUGUUGACGAACUCCGUCUCCAACGAAUGCAUCCAAGAUCCCUAGGAAAGGCUAUAAAUAGUUUGAAGUCUAGAUGUACCAGACAUUCCCAUUGCGAUGGUGGUCGUUGCAAAGUCAUAUGCACUCACACACACGGUGAGUGCAACAAGGUAACCAACAAAGCCAUCCUGGACAAAAGCACUCUGACACGAUGAAAGGUCACCCAGUUCUUCUCCAGGUUAGGCAGAGACAACUCAAAUCGCAUGCGAAACAUUGUCUUCGAAACCCGAGAUGACCUACUCCCCGAUGCCGAUGUCCUUGUUUCCGUUGCCCACAAUGUCGGCCGCUACUUUCCUGAUGUCCAGAAUCUCGAGAUCAACUUCCACUUUGGCGACAGGUACCUUGACAGAGACGUAUGGACUCGGAUCUUGUGCGCCUGUCGCCGCUUGGAACAAUAUCUGCCAAAAGGCCAGCACUUGCGCGUCAGAGGGAUUGAGAAGCAUACAGAGAUGCAGAAUGACUGGACCAGGCAGGGUAGGAAGUGGCACGAAUAGGAAAUCAGAACUAGAGCCUCAAAUGGAAGUGACAAAGUUCAGAAAUACAUUACUUGAUAUCCUACAAAUCGAGAAUAUUCAGCAUUAUCAUCUUGGUAGAAAUGCAUGGUGAUGAUUAAUAAUAACCUUGUCUCGGCAUAAGUUAUAACUAUAAGC